CGAACAGGAAGUGCCGGUGUCGACAACUCUCACAUUACACCCUCUACUUCUCGCCAUAACGAUUUCGAGUGUUUUUUGAUCCUAGCCCACUCACUUUUCAACAACUUCAACACUCCCAGCGCCCAGGUGCGCUGCAAGACUCGCCAAUAUGCAGGCCCCGGUGGUGGUGAUGAACACACAGAAUGGCGACCGCCAGACAGGACGACAAGCACAGCUAUCCAACAUUACCGCUGCAAAGACCGUCGCCGACAUCAUCCGAUCAUGUCUAGGCCCGAAAGCCAUGUUGAAGAUGCUGCUCGAUCCCAUGGGCGGCAUCGUCCUCACCAACGACGGCCACGCCAUCCUGCGCGAGAUCGAAGUCGCCCAUCCUGCGGCUAAGAGCAUGAUUGAAUUGGCACGCACACAAGAUGAAGAGGUGGGCGAUGGCACUACAACCGUCAUCAUUCUCGCUGGCGAGAUCCUGGCCCUCAGUCUGCCGCAGCUCGACCGACACAUCCAUCCCGUCGUCAUCAUCUCCGCCUUCAAGCGAGCGCUGAGCGAUGCGCUGGAGAUUAUCCAAGACGUCAGCAUACCCGUCAACAUCAACGACGACGAGCAGAUGCGCGGCCUCAUCUCCACCUCCAUCGGCACCAAAUUCACCUCGAGAUACUCCGAUCUGAUGUGCGAUCUGGCUCUCACCGCCGUGCGCACCGUCAGCCACGAUGCAGGAGGAGGGCAGCAGGAAGUGGACAUCAAGCGGUACGCGCGAGUGGAGAAGGUGCCGGGAGGGGAGAUUGAAGACAGCACCGUGCUGGAUGGAGUGAUGCUGAGCAAGGACAUCACUCAUCCCAAGAUGCGGCGGCGGAUAGAGAACCCACGAAUUGUCUUGUUGGACUGCACGCUCGAAUACAAGAAGGGCGAGUCGGCGACGAACGUGGAGAUUAGUAAGGAGGAGGACUGGAAUCGGAUCUUGCAGAUUGAGGAGGAGCAGGUGCGGGCCAUGUGCGAUGCCAUCAUCGCCGUCAAACCCGACUUGGUCAUUACGGAGAAGGGGGUUUCGGAUCUGGCGCAGCAUUUUCUGCUCAAAGCCAACAUCACCGCACUCCGACGAGUGCGAAAGACGGACAACAACCGCGUUUCCCGUGCGACUGGCGCCACCAUUGUCAACUCCGUGCAAGAGCUGACGGAGCGCGACGUCGGCACGCAGUGCGGCCUUUUUGAGAUCAGCAAGAUUGGCGACGAGUACUUCACCUUCCUCACCAAAUGCAAGAAUCCCAAGGCAUGCACCAUCCUGCUCCGCGGGCCGUCGAAAGACAUCUUGAACGAGAUUGACCGCAAUCUGCUGGACGCCAUGAGCGUGGCGCGGAACGUCAUCUUCCACCCCUACCUGUCACCCGGCGGUGGUGCGACGGAAAUGGCAGUGGCGGUGCGGCUGGACCAAAAGUCGAAAUCGAUCGAAGGAGUGCAGCAAUGGCCCUACCGCGCUAUCGCCGAGGCAAUGGAGGUGAUUCCGCGGACACUCAUUCAGAACGCGGGCAACUCGCCCAUUCGUGAACUCACGAACCUGCGCGCGAAGCACGCAGAGGAUGCCAGCCAGGGCAAGGGCGGGAAAGAGGGAGGGGCUACGUGGGGGAUUGAUGGAGACGCGGGCAAGGUGGUGGACAUGAAGACGUUUGGGAUUUGGGAGCCGCAGGCGGUGAAACUGCAGAGCAUCAAGACGGCGGUAGAGAGUGCGUGCUUGUUGCUGCGGGUGGAUGACAUUGUUGGCGCGAAGAGCAAGAAGGAUGGCGGUGGGGGAGGGCGGGAGGAGGACUGAGGCUGAUAAUCGUAGAUGGCGUAGUUGAUACAACCAGCCUCAGCAUGCCCCCAUUGUGAUCGUCAAUGCUCAGUGCACGCUUGCGUCGUUUGAUCAGUGAUCUGGUCUC